GCAUGUGCGUACUGCGCUUCGCUUAAACACUGCGCAGAGGCUUUUGUCUGGAGCCUUCUAAGUUACAAUUUCGUAAAUAUCUCGCUUUAUUUUGUGUGGGGACACAAAAUUUGCAGAUAUGCCGAGCCUUAAACUGAUAUCUGCUACGGACACAGAGUACUCUAUUGCUGUGCUGAAGUCACUGAAUGAGCAGCGAAAUAAUGGACUAUUUUGUGACAUUACAAUCAUUAUCCGGGACAAAAAGUUCAGAGCCCACAAAACCAUCUUAUCUGCUUCUAGUACGUACUUUCAUCAGCUCUUUACUGUGGCUGGACAAGUAAUUGAGCUAAACUUCAUCAGAGCAGAAAUCUUUGAAGAAAUUCUUAAUUACAUUUACACUUCUAAGAUUGUCAGAGUUAGAUCAGACAUGCUUGAGGAGCUUAUACAAGCGGGAAAAAUAUUAGGAGUGAAGUUUAUCGCUAACCUGGCGUCACCUUUAUCUCAAGUGAAAGGGCUCCCAGGCUUAUCCAAAGAACCAGAAAACAAAACUGAUACAUCUUCAGAGGUGAUGCCAAUAAUCACAGAAUCCUUUUCAAUAUCUUCUGAGGAAUUCAAUCAAACCUCAAAAUCUGAAGGGGACGCCGAGGACUCUGACAGUGAUGUGAUGUUUGUCUCCCAAACAGCAGCAAAUCAGAAAAUUAACACUGAGGUAAUUGAUUUAGAGUCUUCAGAAAACAUAAAUAAUGUAGCUGCGCAAGAGGAAGGUUCUGGACCACAGAAAACAUAUUCUGUAAAACCUCCCAAUUCUAAAGACAGCAGCAGCUCUAAAGACAACAGCAGCAGCAGCUCUAAAGACAACAGCAGCAGCAGCUCUAAAGACAACAGCAGCAGCAGCUCUAAAGACAACAGCAGCAGCAGCUCUAAAGACAACAGCAGCAGCUCUAAAGACAACAGCAGCAGCAGCAGCUCUAAAGACAACAGCAGCAGCAGCUCUAAAGACAACAGCAGCAGCUCUAAAGACAACAGCAGCAGCAGCAGCUCUAAAGACAACAGCAGCAGCAGCAGCUCUAAAGACAGCAGCAGCAGCUCUAAAGACAGCAGCAGCAGCUCUAAAGACAGCAGCAGCAGCUCUAAAGACAGCAGCAGCAGCUCUAAAGACAACAGCAGCAGCUCUAAAGACAACAGCAGCCCUAAAGGCAACUCCAAAGAUGUGUCUUACCCUGUGACUACAACCAUAGCACCAACUAGACCCACAGGCUUCAGCCGUGAUGGUUCAAGUCUUUCAAUAUCUUCUGAAAACAAAGAUGUUUUGGGAGUUCACAGAAAGCAAGUAACGACUGCUGCUGCUCAGCAGGGAAAUCUCAAAAUAAGACUGGUCGAUGUGCCUGAUGCCUCUGAGGAGUGUGACAAUAACUCAUCCAUGCGUAAGUUUGGAGCAAAGCAGACGGUAACUCUAAAAACAGCUGCAGAAAUUGGUUCCAUUGGUUCAAUAUCUCCUGAUUGUCGAGUAUAUGCCAAUAUUGGAGAAAAUACAUAUGACAUAGUCAAAGUGAAAGAUGACCCAGGAGAAGGAGGAUCUAAAGCUUAUAAUGGGAAAAGAGCAUAUAUGGCCACCCCCAAAAGGCCUUGUGAAGAAGAACCAAUUUCACCCACAAUUGGACCCAUAAAGAAAAGCAAAGUGGAUGAUAGUCAAUAUUAUGAGUUGGUCAUGGAUGGAAAGACCUUCUAUGUUUGCGUGGUUUGUAAACGCCCUUAUGUGUGCAUGACAAGUCUCCGUCGUCACUACAAUACUCAUUCAUGGGAAAAGCAAUAUCCAUGCCGACACUGUAACAAGGUAUUUGCAUUGGCUGAAUACAGAACUAAACAUGAAAUUAUUCAUACAGGAGAGAGGCGAUACCAAUGCUUGUUGUGCAAACAAACAUUUUUAAACUACCAGUUUCUUGCGAGCCAUUGCAAGUCAGUUCACAACCAGGAUCCUAGUGGGAGAAAAGGAAAGAAUUUGGCAGACAAUAAUCUUUAUCGGCUGCUUCCAUGCAAAACGGUGAAAAUGAAAGCAUACUCUUGGGUCUCAGAAGACAAGCCUUCUGACAUAAAAACGGUCAUGACUGAGGACGGCAGUGUGCACAUCACAACUACACAUCAACAGGACUCCACCCAGAAGAGGAUGUUAAAUUGGGAUGACAUAUUUUUAGAGCCAGAUGCAAAUCCCCAACCUGGAGGUUCAGUAAACCAUAAGCAAGAGCCUGAAUUUGACUUCAUUCUACCACACACUUACUAAACAACCAAUAUACACUUUGUGCCUCUGAAUUUCAUUGCUUUUUCACCUGCCCCUUACUGGUUAAUUUAAUUUAAAAAAAAGUGAAGUCAUUAUGAAAUUGGCACUGUCAUCAUGAGAAUAAAUCUGCAAAGAAAACCUAGUAUUUUGCAUUUGUUUUUAUAUUGAAGCUUGCUGGAUAAAAAAAAAAAAAAAAAAAAAUUCUAGUAAUUAUUUUAUUAUCACAUGAAAAAUUCUACAUUUACGAAUACUGAUGGUUUUAAACCAAAACAAAAAACUAUUGAAGCAAUAUCUGUGUAAUCCCUCAGUCGUCCAGGUGUAAUCCAUAACAAAAUAUUUCAAAUUCAACUCUAAAACCUUUGUCCUUUUGACAGAUUUGAAUUUUCUUUUGCUAUUAAAACUUGUUUUGUUUUCUUUUCUUUUUUUUGCAUUACUUUGGUGCUGUGGCAGGGAUGUUAGUUAAGUAAUUUUAAGUCAAGGGAUAACUUGUUAACCGAUUUACAUGUAUUUUUAUAGCCCGCUUUUAUCACCUUUUUUGCCAAACCUAGAUAACUAUACAACCUAUAUACAGAUACAAACAACUAUUCAGAUAGCACUUAGUAUUGAUUUAUGCAGUUUUCAUAGCCAGUCUUUAGAGUAUGUCAGUCUAUAAAUGUAAUGUCAAUGUUGUAAAUAUAUGACCAAGGUUUAAAUGGAUUGUAAAUAAUCACAUUAACAAUGGGACUGUCUAUAUUGUACAUUUUAGAGAACCCAUGGCCUUUAAUAAUGUUUUUAUUUGUAGGAAAUUAAAUGUUUUAAUACACUU